CCAGGACCAGGAAGAGAGGAGAUGCUGACUCAGCUGCUUCUGGGAUGGACUGCCUUGCUCAGCGGCCUGCAGCCGGCUGUCGCCUCGGGAUUUCUAUCUAGCAGAGGCAGCAGGUUGUCCGCUCCGAAAUGUGAAGUCUUCUUCCCUCCUCCACCUCCACCGCCCGUGUUUCCUACAGUCAGACGGAAAGCAGAGCUGACGGUCGAUGUGACGGAACACAUCACAGGAGCCAAAGGGGAAAAGGGCUGCAGAGGACCCAGAGGACCCAAGGGGCUGCCUGGUGUGACGGGUCCGGAGGCGGAGCCUGGAACACAAGGACCGAUGGGAGAGCCGGGUCAAAAGGGGGAGAAGGGGGCCCGAGGCUGGAGGGGCCUGUAUGGAGACGCAGGAACCCCCGGUGUGAUGAAGGGCAGUAAGGGACACAAGGGAUUCAGGGGCGAUAAAGGCUCGAGAGGAAGACGAGGACCCGGUGGAGAGAAGGGCGAGCGGGGCGUCGCUGCAGCGCCGGGAGAGAAGGGAGGUCCGGGCCGGUGGGGGGAUGCAGGGCAGCGGGGGGAGCAGGGACCCAGAGGAGGGCUGGGAGGCAGAGGAACCCUGGGCUCGAAGGGAUCUCGUGGACCUGCAGGGGGGCUGGGUCAGCUGGGUCCCGCGGGGCAGUCCGGUCUGACUGGAGAGCCUGGUCUACCUGGACGAGUGUACGUCCUACCGGGCCGGCAGGGAGACGCAGGAACCCGAGGUCCUUCAGCCAAAUGCUCCUGUUCACAGGUUCAAACCCCACAGCGCUUGGUGGACAGAGUCCAGACGAUCUUCCUGGCAGACGGGGAGAGACAGAUGAGGCGUCUGCGGGUGGAGAACGUGAUGGUUCUGCGGACCGACAGAAGAGCUCUGUACAUCUACUCUGACUCCCAGUGGACCGACGUGCUGAAGGACCCCGCUGCAUUCGACACAGGCGGAAGUGCCCUUGAGCAAGAACCGUGACUCAGUGGCCGCCAGCUCAGGCUGUGGUUAUACUGGGAAGCUUCCACAUGUGGGCCCGUGUUAGUGGGAGCGACCAGGGCCCGUGCGUCUCUGCACAGCUCCACCUGAGCUUUAUGGAUAUUUAUUGUAAUUCUAUAUUUCAUUGAGUCUUAACUUUAUUAACUUCAUUUCCUCCACGCAUGUGAAUUGUUGCCGCAUGUGACCGUGAAUCAAACCCCACCCCGAGUGUUUCUCUGUAAAUUAACUGGAUUUACACUUUUAUUUAAUUAACCACAAAUGCAUUUUU